AUGACACAAACUCAAGUUCAACAAACACACAAACUCAAGUUCAACCAAAAACACCUGAUUCUCAGGUUUUACAAUUUCCCCAACCUCAAGUUCAAAAACAACAGAAACUCAAGUUCAAAAAACACACAAACUCAAGUUCAACAAACACGCAAAUUAAAGUUCAAAAACACCACAAACUCAAGUUCAAACUCGACACAAACUCAAGUUCGACAAACACACAAACUCAAGUUCAGCCAACAUCCAAAUCUCAAGUUUAACAAUUUCCAAAACCUCCAGUUCAAAUACAACACAGACUCAAGUUCAAAAACACUACAACUCAAGUUGUACACAAACUCAAGUUCAACAAAAACCACAAACUCAAGUUCAACCAACACCUGA